UAAUCCCUUCACUAAAAAUACACAUCGAUGAAGAGAGCGGGGGUAAAAGUACGAAGAAAUUGUACAGGAAGAGAAGAGUGGCUAAAGCAAAAGAAGAUUGAGGGAUGGAAUAUGCCACUUCAAUGCAAAAACGAUGCUUUUCACGUCCCUAACCAUCGUCCCACAAAACCACGAACAAGAGUAAUUCCCACAUCCAAUAUCAAAAUCCGAAUCCGAAUCCGAACCCGAAUUUGAAUCCAAAUCCACCCAACCACCAUGAUUUCCGAUCAUGGCACAGUCCCCUUCUUUCUCUGCUUCUUCAUCUUCCUCCACUUCCACUUCCCCGGCGUCCACUCCAAAGCCUCCCUCUCCGCCACCCCCACCACGCUUUCUAAAUCUGGCGACUUCGUCCACCUCCAAUGGUCCGGCGUCGAAGGCCCCUCCGACUUCGAUUUCCUAGCCAUCUACUCUCCUCCGACUUCCCCCCACGACAACUUCGUCGGCUACCGAUUCCUCUCCGAAUCCCCAACUUGGGAAUCCGGGUCGGGCAACAUCUCCUUCCCUCUCGUUGACCUCCGCUACAACUACUCUUUCCGAAUUUUCCGCUGGACCCGAUCGGAAAUCAACCCCAAGCGCAAAGACCACGACAACAACCCCCUUCCCUCCACGCGCCGCCUCCUGGCGUUCUCCGGCGAGGUCGCCUUUGCGCCCAACCGGGGACCCGGACAGAUCCACCUGGCCUUCGGGGACCAACCCGACGCCAUGCGCGUCAUGUACGUCACGCCCAACCCCCAGGAAACCUACGUGCGCUAUGGGGAGAAGGAGGACGCGCUCGAUGCAGUCGUACUCGCGCGUGUGGAGCGCUAUGGGAAGGAGCACAUGUGCGACGCGCCCGCCAACUCCAGCGUUGGGUGGAGAGACCCUGGUUAUAUCCACAACGCGCUUCUUACGGAUUUGAAGAAGGGACUAAGGUAUUAUUACAAGGUUGGAAAUGAUGAUGGAGGUUGGUCUGCAACUCACAGUUUUGUCUCGAGGAAUAGUGAUUCAGAUGAAACAAUAGCUUUCCUGUUUGGUGACAUGGGAACAAGUGUACCAUAUAAUACGUUUGUGCGAACACAAGAAGAAAGCUUAUCAACCAUGAAGUGGAUCCUCCGUGAUGUUGAAGCUCUAGGUGACAAGCCAGCCUUUGUGUCUCACAUUGGAGACAUUAGCUAUGCAAGAGGUUAUUCGUGGGUGUGGGACCAUUUUUUCAACCAGAUUGAGCCUGUUUCGUCCAAAGUGGCAUACCAUGUUUGCAUUGGCAAUCAUGAGUAUGAUUGGCCUUUGCAGCCGUGGAAACCUGAUUGGGCCAGUUAUGGGAAAGAUGGGGGCGGUGAGUGUGGUGUGCCUUACAGUUUGAGGUUCAACAUGCCUGGAAACUCUUCAGAACCGACUGGAACUGAAGCCCCACCAACUAGGAAUCUUUAUUAUUCAUUUGAUAUGGGAGUAGUACACUUUGUGUAUAUUUCCACGGAGACUAAUUUCCUUCCCGGGAGCAACCAGUACAACUUCUUGAAGCAUGAUCUGGAAUCAGUUGACAGGAACAAAACUCCUUUUGUGGUAGUGCAAGGGCACAGACCGAUGUACACUACCAGUCAUGAAAAUAGGGAUGCUGCUUUAAGAGGGAAGAUGCUCGAGCAUUUGGAACCUCUGUUUGUGAAUAACAAGGUCUCACUUGCCCUUUGGGGUCAUGUUCAUCGAUAUGAGAGAUUUUGUGCGCUGAAUAACUUCACAUGUGGUGGUAAUGUGGGUCAGAGCACAGGGGACAAGAAAGGAUAUACUGUUCAUAUGGUGAUUGGCAUGGCAGGGCAAGAUUGGCAACCUACCUGGGAACCAAGGCCAGACCAUCCCAAUGACCCAAUCUUUCCACAGCCGAAUUGGUCCCUGUACCGUGGGGGUGAGUUUGGGUACACAAGACUGGUGGCUUCAAAGCAGAAGCUUGUGCUUUCUUAUGUCGGAAACCAUGACGGUAUAGUGCAUGACACGGUGGAAAUUCUGGCAUCUGGGGAAGUUGUCAGUGGUAAUGGAGACUGUAGUAUUGAUGUUAAUUCUAAAGCUGAAAAUAAGAUUGUGGAAUCCACUUUGUCAUGGUAUGUGAAGGGAGGAAGUGUGCUGUUUCUUGGGGCAUUCAUGGGUUACGUUCUUGGUUUCGUUACAAGUGCCAGGAAGAAGUCUGAAGAGACCAGGAGCAAUUGGACUCCAGUGAAGACUACGGAGACUUGAACUGUUCAUUAAUGGUUACCACCUUUUUAAGUAGGUCGUGAAGGUUCACAUAAAAGAAAAACAAAAUGAGAUUUCCGCUCGUUUUAGUUCAAGACUAUUAAGUUGUCACCUCAUAUACUUGAGGACGUGUCUCUGUAUAUAUGCAUUUUUUUCUUGCUUAUUUAUGGCAUCUGAGGCCUUUCGUAUGACCUUGUGUUGUACAUUAUUCAAGGUAAUAUGAUUUGUCGGAUGAGACCAUACUGUUGUAACAGAACAAAAAUGUUAGAUAUGAUAUGAGUGCACUAUUGAUACACUAA